AUGUGUCGUCCCAUUCAUUUUAGCUUUUGUAAUUCCACGGCGUUUCAACGGCACUUUAGCACGGCCCACCCACAGGGGGUGGUUGUGGAUGGCUUCACAGUGUGGUUUGAGGCGGGCUUUCGGGAGUGGGCCCUAAACACCUCCCCUUGGUGCCCGCCGACGCACUGGAAGCAGACAACUAUUCUCUUGCCGGCCACAGCGCGGGCGGAGCAGCUCGUGGCGUUCACGUCUCCGGAAGCAACGUCGGAGGUUGAGGUGCGACUCGUGGCGACAGACACCGCAUUGCGUUGUUGCAGCAUUGAGUUUGAGCUAAAGUAA